AUGAUAUACACAUUACCUUUUAUACAUGUAUGUAACUCAUUAUUAUUAUUAUUUUGCUUAUUCACAUCAGAUAUUUGGGUAUUGCUGUAUCUAUCUCAGUCUGUUCAUUAUCUAUCUAUCUAUCUAUCUAUCUAUCUAUCUAUCUUUUUUGUCCGCCUUUCUACUUUAGAUUUUUCUUACUUUCUUCUUUGGUUUCUUUUUCUUUCAUUUCUUCUUUCUCUUUACUUCCUUCUCUUUCUUUCUCUUUUCCUUACUCUGCUUUCUUCUUUUUUCGUCAUAUCUUUUCUUUCUUUCUUUACUCUCGUUCUUUUUCUUCAUUCUUCCUUUUUCCACUCUUUUCAUUCUUUCUUUCUAUAUCUCUUUCUGUAUCUUUUUCUUCUUUCUUUCCUAUUUUUUCUUUCUUUCCUCUAUCGUUUCUUCAUUAUAGACGUCGCAUAUAACCAAAUAGAGUUUCCGUUUAUGUCAUUACGUGUCUACUCCUCUUUCCCAUAUACCCACCCUGCGGGUCAGCCAUCAGCUGUUGUGAAACGAGGCGUCCCUCUCCUUUCUCUGAUCUUUCUUCAUAUCUACUCCGUUCACCUUUUUUUGCCGUCCUUUUUUCUCUUCACCCUACUCUCGCUCACUUCUCGCACAUUUUCUUCUGGUAAAAACGGAAACUUAUCUUUGUUUCGUCUUGAACUGUGUAAGUUGGGUCGGUUGUACCCGCCUUCCACCGGAAAUUAG